AUGACCCGUGCCCAGUCUAGCCGUUGCCAACGUCGAAGUCGCCUGGCCCGCACCUGUCUGUUGGUUUCGCUGUUGAGGUGUCAGGAACGCUCCGCGGUAGGGCGAAGUGCUCGGAUACCAUGUGCCUGCAAUCUCCUGAACACGGUCCCCACUAAAUCCUGUGGAUCUAAGGUCUGCAACGAGACCUCCCAAUGUUUGGAUGAAGGAUGUAAAAAGGUCUGUGUGGAAGCUCCACCACUGUGUGACCUCCACACCGCCUCAAAGACCGGGGACCUGUCAAGGGUGAAAUUCCUAUUGUCACAGGGACAGGGGAACAUUGAUUGUAAUGAAUGGAUUGGUAGAACACCGGUGAUGUGGGCAGCCGGUGGGGGACAUACAGAAGUGGUGGAAUUACUUGUGGGUAAAGGUGCUAAACUGUCACUGGUCGAUAGUUUCGGAUUCAACAUCCUUCACUCAGCCUGUCAUGGAGGAGAGUUAGAGGCGGUGAAGUAUGUCCUCUCACAGACCAUGUUGGACAUCAAUGGUAGAGUACAGUGCAGGAGAACAGCUGUGAUGCUGGCAGCAGAGAGCGGACAUAAAGAUGUGGUGGAGUUGCUUGUUGAUACAGGAGCUGACGUGUCACUUGUUGAUGAAACAGGUGACAACAUCCUUCACUGUGCCUGUCGUGGUGGAGAUGUGGAGGUGGUGAAGUAUAUCCUCUCACAGAACAUGGUGGACAUCGACAGUCUAGGACAUGAGAAGAAGACGCCAGUGAUGUUAGCAGGACAGUAUGGACAUAAGGAAGUGGUGGAGGUCCUCGUAAAGCAUGGAGCUAAUCUAUCACUCAGAGAUAAAGUCGGUGACAACAUCCUUCACCUGGGCUGUUGGAAGGGACACCUGGAUGUGGUGAAGUACAUCGUCUCACUGCACAGGGUGGACAUCGACAGUAGAGGAUUUGAAAGAAAGACACCAGUGAUGAAAGCAGGAGAGGGGGGACAUAAAGAAGUGGUUGAGUUUCUCGUAAAACAUGGAGCUGAUCUGACUCUCAGAGACAGCGACACUAAUGACAUCCUUCACUUGAUCUCUUACACGGGGGUAUCUGCGGAUGUUGGGAAAUAUAUUUUAUCUCAGCACAAGGUGAAAAUAAACCAAAGAGGGUGGAGGAAUAGGCCACCAGUGAUUGUAGCAGGACAGCGUGGACAUAAAGAUUUGGUAGAAUUAUUCGUAAAAAAUGGAGCUAAACUAUCACUCAAAGAUAGCCGCAAAAGAACAUUCUUCACUAUGCCUCUGAAAACGGACAUCUGGCGGUGGUAA